AUGGUGGCCUCGCAAGAUGCAUUGGCUUAUCAUGAGCCAGGGAUUCAAACUAUUCUGAUCCUAAGUAGCUUUCUUCUUGCUCUCAACUGGGUGAACGCUCUACUUGAUAAGCUGAUCUACUGCGGGCUCAUUGGGCAGCUUCUUAUUGGGAUGGCAUGGGGAGUCCCCGGAGCCAAUUGGAUAGAACCAGGCGUUCAGAAAGCCAUUCAGCAGCUGGGAUAUCUCGGGUUGCUUCUUUUGGUGUACGAGGGUGGCCUUUCAACAUCAUUCUCCCAAUUGAAAUCAAACUUCGUUCUGUCCUCUGUGGUGGCGAUCACCGGGGUAGGUGUGCCUAUGGGUCUAUCCUUCGUCCUGAUGAGCCUGCUAUCAGCGACUCCUCUUCAAGCAUUUGCCGCUGGUGCGUCCCUCUGCUCAACCAGUAUCGGAACGACAUUCACCAUCCUGUCUACGACGGGAUUGGCAAAGACCCAGUUGGGUGUCGUCCUGGGCAGCGCAGCGAUGAUGGACGAUGUCGCGGGCUUGGUGAUGGUUCAAAUCAUCUCGAAUCUGGGUGGCGCGAGUCAGGGAUCGUCCUUCGACCCAGUGGUCGUGAUCAGACCCAUCCUUGUUGCCUUUGGGUUUGCUUUGGGGCUUCUUCUCAUUUGUCGGUUUGUUGUUGCGGUGGUUGUGCGCAAACUUCAGGUGCACGAGAUUCGGGUCCCUGCUUGCAUGAGGUCACUGAAUGUCGCAUUCGUUGUCCACAUGCUCUAUCUCAUUGGACUGGUCACCGGCGCACAGUACGCCGGUACAUCGGGACUCUUCGCUGCAUACUUGGCUGGGGCUACUAUUUCUUGGCUUGAUGAGAUGUUGGCCACUCAUGAAAAGCAGCCAGAGGCCGAAAUUCCAGCCGAUGACCAGCGCGAACAUCGACCGGGGAGCAUUGAAAUGCAAACCGGACUGACUCGUGACAAAAAUCAUGCACAAAAAAGUCGCAGAGAAGCUGAAUCUACCGAAGCGCCCGCACAUACGGAAAGGACUAUGCGUUUCGAGCGAUCAACUGGAGAACUUGUUUUCGAAACUUUCUGCAAAGAGCCUCUGAAGCGGAUUCUGAGCCCACUCUUCUUUGCUUCGAUAGGAUUUUCCAUCCCAAUCACGAAAAUGUUUGAAGGGAGGGUAGUCUGGCGAGGCGUAGUUUAUACACUUCUCAUGGCUUUUGGCAAGCUAGUGACCGGAUUCUGGCUGAUUCGGUUGACUUUACCGGGGUCGAAGCUGUUGAACAAGGCGAAGAAGGCUCUACUGGCGUUUGCCACUGUGAGCGCGGUCAAGUCAUGCAAGACCCGAUCUCAGCCGGACAGUGACUCCUCACAUGCCCCAGCGCAAGGACAGACACAAAGGAGCGAUGGACCAAAGAGGGAAGCAAACCAAUCCUCUGAAUCAAACUCGCGCAAGCAGGACUCUCAACUCCCGGCGGCAGCAGCGGGAACUGACUCGCCACAAGAAGAGCUUUGUCCUCCUGUGGCACAAAUCAGCAGCCCACAGCUUCCUCCCAAGCCCCGCUCAUUGUAUCCGGCGUCGAUUUUGGGUUUGGCUAUGGUGGCGCGAGGCGAGAUUGGCUACCUCAUCGCAUCGUUGGCUGAGGCGGAUGGGAUAUUCACCCCUCAUUCAUCCUCAUCUCCCGUAACCAGUAGCCAAGAUGUAGACUCUGAGAUCUAUCUGGUGGUCAUCUGGGCGAUCACCCUCUGCACUUUCAUUGGCCCCAUUUGUGUCGGGUCUCUAGUGAAGAGGGUGAAAACCCUUCAGAGUCUUCGAACUCAUUCUGGCGGCGAGGACCCUCUAGGCGCGUGGGACGUCUCUUGA